GGGAAGCGCUUCGGAGCAGUGGAGCGGAUGUCGGCCUUAAGGCGCUCAGGCUACGGCCCCAGUGACGGUCCGUCUUACGGCCGCUACUACGGGUCUGGGGGUGGAGAUGUGCCCGUGCACCCACCUCCACCCUUAUACCCUCCUCGCCCUGAACCUCCCCCGCCUCCCGUUUCCUGGCGGAUGCGCGGGGGUGGCCCCGCCGAGACCACCUGGCCGGGAGAAGGCGGGGGAGGUGAUGGCUACUACCCUUCUGGAGGCACCUGGACGGAGCCGGGUCGAGCUGCAGGAAGCCACCAGGAGCAGCCACCAUAUCCUAGCUACAAUUCUAACUACUGGAAUUCUCCUGCUCGACCUAGGACUCCUUACCCAAGUACAUAUCAUGUAAGGCCGGAAAUGCAAGGCCAGAGUUUGAAUUCUUACACUAAUGGAGCAUAUGGCCCACCAUACCCCACUGGCCCAGGGGCAAAUACUGCCUCAUACUCUGGGGCUUAUUACACACCUGGAUACUCUCAGACCAGUUACUCCACAGAGGUUCCAAGCACCUACCGCUCACCUGGCAACAGCCCAACCCCAGUCUCUCGUUGGAUGUAUCCCCAGCAGGACUGCCAGGCUGAAGCACCUCCUCUUAGGGGGCAGGUUCCAGGGUACCCUGCUUCACAGAACCCUGGAAUGGCCCUGCCCCAUUAUCCUUAUGGGGAUGGUAAUCGUAGUGUGCCACAAGCAGGACCAUCUGUAAGACCACAAGAGGACUCAUGGGCUUCUCAUGGUGCUUACGGAAUGGGAACCCGUUACCCCUGGCCUUCAGCUGCGCCCUCAGCACCACCUGGGAAUCUCUAUAUGAGUGAAAGUACUUCAGCAUGGCCUAGCACUGGCUCUCCUCAGCCACCCACUUCACCACCACCCCAGCAGCCAAAGGAUUCCUCAUACCCCUAUAGCCAAUCAGAUCAAAGCAUGAACCAGCACAACUUUCCUUGCAAUGUCCAUCAGUACGAGUCCCCGGGAACAAUGAACAGUGAUAAUUCAGAUCUUUUGGAUUCCCAAGUCCAAUAUAGUGCUGAGCCUCAGCUGUAUGGUAAUGCUACCAACGAACAUGCCAGCAAUCAAGAGCAAAGUAAUAAUCUUCCUGAAGAGUGUUUACCUUCAGAUGAAGGUACUCCCCCAAGUAUUAAAAAAAUCAUACACGUGCUGGAGAAGGUCCAGUAUCUUGAGCAAGAAGUAGAAGAGUUCGUAGGAAAAAAGACAGACAAAGCAUACUGGCUUCUGGAAGAGAUGCUAACCAAGGAACUUUUGGAACUGGAUUCAGUUGAAACUGGGGGCCAGGACUCUGUCCGACAGGCCAGGAAAGAGGCUGUUUGUAAAAUCCAGGCCAUACUGGAAAAAUUGGAAAAAAAAGGAUUAUGAAAGGAUUUAGAAAAAAGGGGAAACCUGUUACUAACUUGACCAAAACUCUUGAUUUUGGUUAAUUACCCUUUUUUUGAAAUGCCUGUUGAUGACAAGAAGCAAUGCAUUCCAGCUUUCCUUUGAUUUGAAACUUGAAAAACUGGUAAAGGAUUUGGGAAAACAUUUUUGUUAUGAGUUGUUUUCAGUUUUUAGACCAAUGAAUGUAAUAGGAAACAGUGGAGUUACCAAUAUUGCCAAGUAGACUUACUCUUUAAGAAAUGUAUGGAUAUCUACAAGUUGCUUCUUAUCAGCGGGAGGGAAAUACACUUUAUGUAAAAGGCUUAUCAGAAAUCUACCAGAUGAGACUGGAUAUAAUCUGAGACAAACAGGCUCUGUUUUUUAAAACAUAUGGAUUAUUUGUCACAUUUUUGUACAUUUUGACUGCUUUCAACAUACACGUCGUGUAAUUACAGCUUGGACUUGAGCUUUGUUGGACCUCUGUUUUGUUUUGUUAUUUGCAGUUUACAAAUAUAGUAUUAUUCUCUACUUCUUGGUACAUUUUGUAGUAAUAUGUUUAAUGUAAUUAUUCAAGAGACUAUAUUGACAGCCAGAUAGUAUGGCAUUUCUGAAUGAAUUUCUAUCUUUUCACCACUUGAAUAUAUUGCAAUGCAUAAUGAGUUCCUGAGGUAAAUUGUCUCCUUUUUUGUAUAGAUCAUUAGGUUGGAGUUUCACCACUUCUACUUUUCAUGUUAAUAGCAGAAGGCAAUUUGAAAAUAACAUGGGCAUAGGAAUGCAAAUGCUUGUGGCCAUUUUUCUUUUUUGCUUUUUUAUCGUAUUUGGAUAAAGAUUUACUUUAAAAUUUGCCUCCCCCCCCUUUAAUUAUCUUUUCACUAGUGCUGCUUUCAUAUGGAGCAUAUGGAGCAUAGGUAACAGAUGAAAAAUUAAAUGCCACAGUGGGUAGAAAUAAUUAACUGUAAAAGUAAUAAAUACAA